AUGCUACGACUGGUGAGAUUUCCUUCCAGUUAUUCAACUAGACUACCGACAGCACCAUCUUUCAAGCACCCUAUAGGUAAACGAUGUCAUUUAUACCUUCCCAGGGUUUCAGCAACUUCACCGCAAAUACCACCACCACCACCACCACAAAUGGAAGACGAAAUAGAACAUCGAAUAGAGUUGAAGAGGCUACUGCAAAAGCAAAAGUAUCAAAAUCCUGAUGGGAUAAACCUUAGGAAAUUAGCAAGAGAUGAGUUACGUUCUUUGAGAGAACUAACGAAAGAGGUUUCACUGAAAGCAAAAGAGGAAGUACACGGGGAAGCUACGUCUGAGUCAACAGAACAAAUGUAUGAGGCGUUACGUAAUCCAGACUUACUUUCUGGCUCUAAACAAAAAUCUACAAAGUAUGCUUUCCCGCCUGAGAUUAACGAAAAACUCGGUUUGGUUUCUACAUACUUGACCCCUAAAAAUGUGGGGGAAUUCAAACCUCAAUGGGGUCUCAUAUUGAACCAGUUGGAAUUGAGUGGGGGCUUCAGAGACCUUGAUGCCACAACUGUGCAAGCAUUUGUGAAAACGAUACCACCGUCAGACCUAAAAAAACUUGCGCCCCGAAUAACACAAAUGUAUUCAGAUGCAGGGAUCGCAAUCACCCCUAAGGUUGAAUUUCUUUUGUUCAAGUCGCUUGCAACUGGAGGAGUUGUAUCUUCAACAGAAAUCCAAGCUAUGGAAGUCUACUUUGGAAAACUUUUAAUGAAAAACGAUCAGAAGGCAGACUAUUACGAGACAAUGAUAUGUGGGUACGUCAAGAAUCAAGACAUGAAGAAGGUGGAAAAGUUGUUGAAUGAUAUGCAAUUAAAGAAUAUUGGGAUAACGCGCUCGGUGUUUUCUUCCAUACUUCAGGGAUACAUUUAUUAUGUAAACGAUCACAAUAAAGCAUGCGAGACGUUCAAUGCUAUGAAAUUUUUAUCUGAGAAAACGCAGCCGAAUGAACGCAACUAUACUGAUAUGGUUUUUUCUUUUGUAAAGAAUAACAAAUUGGAAGGGGCAUUGGAUCUAUACCAAGAAAUGUUGGACAAUGAUGUGCCCUUGAACCAAAAUAUUUUAGCUUCAUUGGCUAGAGGUUGCUGUAAAAGCAAGCGAUUCGCAACAAAAUCGUGGGAAUUUAUUUUCAAAAUAUAUGACCAAGGCUGGCUGCCAAAUUUACAAACAUACGAGAGCAUGUUGAAUAUAUCCGCUUUCGAAGGCACCUUGGACCUAACAAGGGCACUAUUUUUGAAAAUGAUUCAAACCAACUCUGUCACAUCCAAAGCUGUUUUAUAUUUGAUGAUGUCGUAUUCAAAGUAUAUGAGCGGGGAGAUUACCAAGCGUAGCUUUAUUGAACUCGAUGAACGUGGCCGAAUCUUUAAACAAAAAGUGAUGGAAGAUGUGGAUUUCACACAACAACUGGAUGGGUUUCCCUUCCUUCCAUUGAUAAAAAUGCCCAACAAAGACACAGUUUUGGCUGAAGCGACUGCUAUUGUUUCAUUCAUAAAACAAUCCAAGCCUUGGCUUUUAACUCCUCAGUUGGUGACAUCGUUUUUGAAUACAUGUGUUCAUUUGGGAACCUUGGAAGGAUUCCGCAAACAUUAUGAAGAUCUCACAAGUUUAGAAGCUUCGGUCGUGCCAAAUUCAGGAAAUGUUACUAUAAUGAAAGUUGGCGAAGUAGAAAAGAGGUGUCACAGGAUAACCAGAGAUACUCCUGUUUAUGUUGCAGCCCUAAGGGCAGCAGCAAAGUUCAAAAACUACGACCUUGCAAAGGAGGUUCUACAGGAGCGUGGUCGGUACAGGAAAUCAAAAGUCUACCAAAACAUGCCUCGGAAAACUCAAUUCCUGACAGAUUUUGAAUUUGCCCGAGCACUAGUGGAUUGCUUUAAGGAUUUGAAGAUGUUCAAAGAUGCGUUAUCUGUUGUUCUUCUGUCAGAAGAUAGAUUUCCUUGGAGUUGGAGAGAGUUGGGUGGCUUAGUAGGUGCUGCACUAACAAUUGAAGAUUCGCAAAUGACAGAAGAGAUCAAACGUGUAAUUAGAAACAACAGAAAUAAAUAUUAG